AUGUACAUUUUUACUUUCAGAUUGGUGUUCCCCAAUGGUCUGUCCAGUGAAUAUUCUCUAGUUACCACCUUCCGGCUGAGGAAAACCACAAAGAAAGACCGCUGGUAUCUGUGGCAGAUAUUCGACCAGACGGGAGGUACCCAGGUGUCUGUAGUGUUGGACGGUGCUAAACGAGCAGUGGAGUUCUCAGCCCGGGGCCUUCUGAAGAACAGCCUCCACUACACCUUUAAGAGCCGAGACCUGCACACCCUGUUUGACCGCCAAUGGCACAAGCUGGGUGUGGCGGUCCAGAGCAGCAUCGUCUCCGUUUACAUGGACUGUAAACUAAUAGAGAGGAGGCUGACAGACGAGAAGGAUGAAAUCGACCCCAGCGGAUAUACGCUGAUUACAACCCGGAUGGAGGAUGGACGGCCUGUAGAUAUCGAACUGCAACAAAUCCUGAUCUACUGUGACCCAUACCUGGCUGAGAUGGAGAACUGCUGUGAGCAGGCAGGAUCUACGUGUGAGCCUAGCAGGGAGGGCCCUGGUGCUGGAGGGGUGACUCCCAAUCCCUUGGAUACAGAUGGAGCAGGCCAGCUCCCCCCG